CACGUGGCCCAUUGCGGAACGUCUUCCUAGUAGUUGCUGACUACGGCGGCUCGGAGAGGACAAUCAGGGUCGUUUUUUGUCCAUUAGUUUUAUCCUUCUGUUCCUGGGCUGCUCUCAUGCGUCGCUGCUAACGGCCCUUUGGAGGAGAAGGCGGCCGGAGGAAAGGCGUUGGGGUCCGGGCAGCCGCCUCCCCUCCGGCCUCAGCUCAAAAAGCAGUUGCCAUGCUGUCUUAUGUACAAAGGUUCUGUUGUCUAGGGAGAGUAUUAUGUAAAGUAAACAGUGCUGCAGUGUAGUAGUAAUAAAAAGUUGCAACCAAACAUCAAAAUGAACAAGCGAGUAAGCAGUGACAUUCCAUUAGGAAGAAUGAGUGCAGCAACAUUCCCAUCUCCAGCUGCUGAAAUAGCAGAAAUGAAUCGAAUUCAGUAUGAAAUGGAGUAUACUGAAGGUAUCAACCAGAGAAUGAGAGUUCCAGAAAAACUAAAGGUAGCACCGCCAAAUGCUGACCUUGAACAGACUGCUCAUGAGGGAGGCCUUCCAAAUGCCAGUGUAACAAUGCAAGUGCCAGAGCGGAUUGUUGUGGCAGGCAAUAGUGAAGACAUUCCACUUACCAGGCCGCCAGAUCUAGAUCUUCUUCAGUCUACUCCAUUCAAGCCUCUCUCACUGAAAACACCUCCCCGUGUUAUUUCACUUAGUGAACGGCCACUGGAUUUCUUGGACCUAGAGAGAGUUCCUUCCCAGACCCCUCAAACUGAAGAGGUUCGCUCAGUAGGAAGGCUUAAAAGAGAACGUUCCAUGAGUGAAAAUGCAUCACGUCAAAAUGGUCAAUUGAUCAGAAAUGAUUCAAUUGUGACACCAUCACCUCAACAGGUUCGUGUUUGUCCUCCCCAAAUGUUCUCUGAAGAUGGAUCUAAUCUUUACUCUGCUCGGGGCAUUUUGUCGCUUAUCCAGUCUUCUACCCGUAGGGCUUACCAGCAAGUCUUGGAUGUGCUGGAUGAAAAUCGCAGGCCGGUGUUACGUGGUGGGUCAGCAGCUACCAGUUCCUCUAACCCUCAUCAUGAUGCCAGAUAUGCCCUGUCAAAUAUGGAUACGUCAUUUGAAGGAACACCAGAAGAUAUGACGGUUGUGGAUGCUGCUUCUUUAAGACGACAGAUAAUCAAACUUAACCGCCGUCUACAACUUCUGGAAGAAGAAAACAAAGAGCGUGCUAAAAGAGAAAUGAUCAUGUAUUCAAUUACUGUAGCUUUCUGGCUGCUAAAUAGUUGGCUUUGGUUUCGGCGCUAGAAAUAAGCACAAGUCCACAAAAGAUUUGUGGGUGAGGGAAUACAGAGAAUUUACAAAGUCUUUUGUUUUUGUCUCUGAAUUGUAUGGUGAUUUAUGAUCCAUGCACUGGAAAUGUCUGCUACAGUAAACAACUGUAAAAUAUUACAGUGUUAAAGGGAUGUCUAGAUGACUGUAUUUAUUUCUGAGGUUUGUUGUAACAUCCUGUUAUCUUCCUUUUGCAUGACUUGAUAUAAAUUUGGAUUGAAUUAUUUUACAAACGGAAUUGUCUCUAUUUAGGAAGAUGUCCAAUAGACAAUUCUCUUUUGUUUAGGAAGGCAAACAGAGAUUUUUCAAAUCAUCUGCAUAUUUAAAAUAUAGGUUUUUCAUUGUUAUUCCAUCAUUAAAUGUGGCAUCUUUAUAGUUAAACCUAUUUCACUUGUUUUGUUCUGACCAAAUUUGAUGCAGUGGAACACCAGAUAAAAAGCCAUCCUAAACCAUGAGUAUCUCCCAUUCAAGGACAUGUACAUAUUGACUGAAAUACAUUCUUUGCUAACAUAAGUCAAUGGAUUAUUAAGAGGUGUGUGUGUAAUAUGUAUUUUAGCUUUAAUUUGCAAGUGUUUUGCAUUUUUUUCUAAGAAAUAACAUUUUUAAGCAACUCUGUCUAUGAGUGAUCUGAAGAUUAUGGAACAAAGUACCAAUGGGUAGUGUAUUUAAUAAACAUCAGACCAAAGCAGAGUUUAAUUUCUUAUUUUUUCAGUGAACGGUAUGUACUGUACAAUCCCUGCACUUUAGAAACCUUCCUCUUAUUUGAAAAUGCAAGUAAGACACUUCAUUAAGCUGUGUUAAGGUCAAUAUUGUAUUUCAAGUAACUGAGUUCUUUUAAAAGUAUUUUCUUUGUUGCUUGAUUCAGUAUAAACAUUUAUAGAAACCUUAUUUUCCUAUAGUAAGACAUCUAAGACAUCCUAUGUGUUUGAUUUUAAAGCUUCUACCUUCUGUGGACAAGAUGUCUAAAAUAACAAAGAUUGACAUGAAAAAUAUUUCCUCACUGUAAAAAGGAGGGCCUACUCUGAAACACUUCUAAUUAUUAAAAACAAGAUAAGGA